AACGUCAUACGUCAUGAAGUCAUCUGGAAGGUAUUUCGUACGGUCUUUGUAAAUUUGCAAAUAUUGUUUAUUUAAUGUUCACUAUAUUAAGUUUAUUGUUCCGCGAACGUUACAAUUAAACAUUUCCGUGCACACUCAGCCGAAACGCCUCACAUUCGCUCAUUUCACGAAAACCAUAAACCAUGUAUACCGUCAAAUUAGCCAAAAAUCCAUGUAAUUUAUGACAUGUGUUUGACUUCAAAACAUUGAUAUGUAAUUAACGGAUUGAAAGAUCAAACUUGUGAUAUCGAUAGUGCAAGUCAUGGGCGCUAAACCGAGUACAGCGAAUGGCACUCAGAGCCCUCGAACUAGGGCCUUCUCCACGAGCAGUAGUUCUGAAGUGGUCACGGCCCCCGGGUUCCGCUUCAUGCGUUCCCUCGGGAUGGACAUGUCCAACGACAGGCAGAGAGCCAGGUCCCUGUCGAGCGUUCCUGAUCUUCACGCUAGUCACGAGGCCCUUUCCCUGCCUCCCACAGGUGCUAGCUUCGAUGUUUCCACGGGCGCGAGCCCAGAGACUGAUAGUAGUUCUGCCGAGGAAGCUGCUAGUGUGUUGGGGCUGGGUUCGACGGCUGCAAACAUAGCGCUCGGGAGGGUCUACGCUGCCCAUUCGCUACCCUCGCAUAUUUGGUCUCUUAACGGAAUCAAGUGCCCAGUUUGCAGUAAAUUUGUGAUUCCUGAUGACAUAGAAUGUCAUUUGGUUAUGUGCCUAACCAAACCGCGGCUAUCAUACAACGAAGACGUACUGACUGACGACAAAGGAGAAUGUGUUAUAUGUUUAGAAGAAUUAUGUAAAGGAGAUGUGAUUGCGCGCCUUCCUUGCCUCUGUAUAUAUCAUAAGACGUGUAUAGACCAGUGGUUCGAUGUAAACAGAUCCUGUCCGGAACAUCCUGGUGAUUAGCGUAAUUUUUGGAAAGGGCUUGUGUAAAUAUGUAAAUAUAUUCUUGAAGUGGAUACAUUGAAACAAUCGACGAAAAAAAUGUGUAUAUUGUAGGAUCCUAAAGAGAGAAACCGUGUAAAGAGUUACCGAAUAAGAAUUGUAACAUCAGGUUUCAAAUUGUAAGAUUUUUUUCGUUCAUUCAGGCUACAGUCUAAAAUGAGACAAAUGUUGGGGCGUUGGUGGAAAAGUAGGAAAUCGGUAAAGCAUUGUAAUUGAUUUUUUUCAACAGAUUGAAUCAAUAACUUCAUAUAUAAAUAUUUUCUGUGGCUGUUAUUUAUAACCAUCGUUACUGUGAAGUCAUCGCCAGUGAAUUCUUGUUCAAAAAAUUAAGUACAAAAAGAAAUAAGAACUGUUUGUUUUGAAUUUGUGAAUACUUUUAAUUUCUAGUAAUUCUCAAUCCACUGCUAGAGAAAAACUAUAAGUUUGACUAGGGUUUCUUUUUGUUUACUUUCAGUCUACCUCUCGCACUUUCAUAUGACCUACAUUCACCUAUUUUAGACUGUAGCUAAUGAUGUUUACACCAUUACCAUUAGGCGUAACACUUCGCCCUUUUUAUUUCCAUGUUCAGCUGUCAGAAAAAUCUAUGAAGGAACUGUGUUGUUGAAAGGAAAAACUGGCUGAUUGUUGAUGAGGCGUGUAUCUGUGACAAGGGGCGUUUUUAACAAAUAUACUAUUAAUGUUUCAAGCGGGCUUGACAUUAAACUUCUCAACAAAUUUCUUGUGGCUGGAAUAAAAGUUUCGGGGGAAAGUUGACGACCUAGCAAUAAAUAUCUUUUAUUUCUUUCUCAGCAACCGAUAUUUGCUACUUUCGAAAUCUUGAUUUUUUUCAUUUUGUGAAUUUCUCUUGAAAAAACUGGGCAUUCAAGCCGAUAGAUUGUUACGCCAUCUCCAUCUUGGUUCGUGAAUCGUUUCUCCUGGUUUUUGAUGUCAACUUCGUUGUGGAUGUUGAAAAAAAUGAUUCAAAAGUUUUUAUACCAGAGAAUCCAUGUUAACAGUUGGUCAAUUUUUUACAAGCUAUUGUUAUUGAAAAUGCCCAAAUGGCUAUAAUUCCAAAAUUGACUUUAAAAGAUAACAAGAAUUACACAGUGGAGAUUAUUAUAAUAUACUAUCAACAUGUCUAAUCACAGUUAAACUCUGUUUAUUUUUGUGAUGAGUUUGAUUUUUUCAAAAAGAUAUAUUUUUGAUACUAUUGAAUGGUUUAUGUGUUUGGUUGUUGUUCAUGCGGAACUAGCUCAAACCUUGCAUUAGCCUCGCUUUUUAUGCAAGUUUCGUAGAACGUAGAUGUUACCAGUAAUCAAAAAUGAUUCUUGUAAAUCAAUAAUUGAGCUGUCGGGUAUUGUAUUGCAUCUCAAUUGGUCUUACGAAUCAAUGUUGGAUUUUCGUUUAAAAAUUAUGAUCUCCUACAAGUUUCUUUGAUUUGUUGAAACAGAUUAGCUUUCCACUGACAUUAUUUUAUUAAUUGAACAAAUUGUGCUUGUUAUACCGACGCAUCACCUGAGUGGUCUGAUAAUGGUAUAAAAUUUUGUGAUCGUGAUUGUGAUAGUCUGGACUAACGCUAAGGUUGUUUUAUUUGUGGGAUCAUUUCUUAAUGGACUGCAAACCCAUGCCUCUCAAAAAUGUGCGAUUAGAAAUCGAUUUUUCAGCUUCAUGUCGUCCGUUCUAGGCGGUGAACAUGCACUUUACUUAGAUUUUCAUCUGCAUCACCUUCAAACUUCGGCAUAGGCCUGAAAUUCAUUUUCUAUUUCAGGAUUAUGAAAAUCAUACAUUUUUAAAAAGUCUCAAAUCAUCCUCCAUGGGUUUGGAGUCUAUUAAGGCGUUAAUGAUUGUUCUUCUUGGAUGAGGAUGGAGUUUAUAUUUGACGUGGAGACUUGAUUCAAAUGAAGAAAAGCGCUUCAAAUUUGAGAAUCCUGUCAGACAGGUGUUUGUAAUACAUGAAAUCACCCUGCUCUAGGAUUAAUAAAAAAAUAAUCAGAGCUGUUUUAUAUUGGUGAUGAAAUAAAUUGAUUUUUGAAUAAUUGUUUGAGUCACACCUUCGAUAAUUUCAACUUUUUUUAACAUUUGACAUAUUCAACUUUUUUCCUCAUCAAGAAUUUCACCAGGAACCCAGAAUUUUACUUAUCAAUCCAUUUGUAUGAGGAAUUAUUGUAUUUCUCUGGAAAUCGUCAAAAUCCAAUUUCCAGGGACUUACUCUUGCAAUAUAGGCAGUCUACAAAAUGUCUUGAUUUAAUAUUGAAUUGUCUCGAGUUCUGACAUAAACAAAAUCAACCAAAGACAUUUUUUAUUUUAAAGUGAUUACAUGAUAAGGUGCUAAUUGUGAACUACCCUAAUUUUAAGUUUAUUCGUUACCUAUAUUUUUAAUGUCAUGGACAUAUUAGAUGUUAUUUUAUGUUAAUUUUGUAUUUGUUGCAGAGAACUUCUUCUAAAGAAGUGCCAUAUUUUCAUUAUUAUCAACUGAAUAUCUAAGGUUUAGCCUUGUAGUCAAAUAAAAUUGUAACAUUUUC